AUGACAAACCAACCGGUGAGUAUAGAAGCGAACAGUGUAAGUAACGCUUACAUUGACUACAGUAUCCAACUGAAUCGCUGGUCUCUAAAACCGAUCGGUGCUUGGCCAUACUUCUCCACAACCACAACGUACGAAAAAAUUGUCUCCGUAAUUCUGAUCGUCCUUUGCUACGCUAUUUUACUGUUCAGCAUAAUCCCCUGUGUGGCCCACUUAAUCUUCGUAGAUGAUAUCUUGUACAGUAAAAUAAGGGUGUUCGGUACUAUGGGUCACUGGUUGAUCGGUGGGAUCAGUUACACGAAUCUACUGUUUCAAGGUAGACGCAUAGGUGACUGCGUGGAACACAUGGAAGCCGAUUGGCGAAUAGUGACGAAAGACAGCGAGCAACAAGUAAUGUUGAAACGCGCCAAGUUUGGCCGAUACGUGUCCAUCAUAUGCGCGAUCUUCGUGCACAGUGGCGCGAUGUCGUACUGUAUAGUAAGCGCGUCCAAUACGCAAACCAUUGAUAUCGGUAACGAGACGAGAACGUUCCGUACGUUGCCUCUCAGUGUUUACAACAAGAUGAUCCCAGUGGAAACGAGCCCAGCCAACGAAAUAGUUAUCGUGAUGCAGUUUCUGUCAGCAUUCAUCUCCGACUCCGGCGGCAUUGGAUUCUACGUCCUCGCGAGCGUUUUAGCCGCCCACGCUUGCGGCCAAUUGGACGUGCUGGCGAUCUGGAUCAACGACUACGUGAACGAGUCUCGUGACAAAAAUGAAGACGGUUCCUUUAGAAGAAUCGAGAUGAUCGUGCAACAUCACCUGAGAAUAUUGGAUUUUAUAGCACGUAUAGAAGAAAUAAUGAGCUGGGUAUGCAUGACGGAGUUGUUUAGAUGCAUAUUGGCCAUAUGCAUGGUUGGGUAUUUUAUUAUUAUGGAGUGGUCCGAGCACGAUGUUCGAAAUCUCGCUACGUAUUUUAUAGUAUUUAUAUCAGUGACCUUCAACACAUUUGUAUUGUGUUAUAUCGGUGAACUGCUAACAGAACAGUGUCUGAAAGUCGGUGAGAUAGUUUAUAUGACAAACUGGUAUUACUUGCCCGUAAAAAAAAUCCUCGACUUGAUUUUGAUCAUCGUACGAUCGAGUAUGGUCAUUGAACUGACUGCGGGGAAGAUAAUUCAAAUGUCUAUUUACACGUUUGGUGAUGUGAUGAGAUUGGCCUUCGCUUACCUCAAUAUAUUGGUUCAAAUUACGUGA